AUGGCACCCACGAAGCCCAAUCCGAGGGCACAGAAAGCAAAGGCGAAAGAACGGGCCCGAGCCAAGAAGGCUGCCGUGAAUACAAGAGAACUGCUCGCCAAUGCGACGGCCAUGCUCGAGGUGGGCGACGCUGAAGGGGCGGCAAAAGCUGCACGCGCCGCCUAUGAGCACAUUGGCGAUGGGGGGCAGCAAGCUGGCGCGGCAUUGACUCUCCUCGGCCAAAUAAACAUCGAGAUGGGCGAGAUCGACCGCGCUCGCAAGUACCUCAUGUCUGCUGCUAAAGUUGACGAGGCCGGCACGCUCCCCGAGGAGCUCGGCGGCGGCCCCGACAAAUUCCUGUGGCUGGCGCAGCUCAGCGAAGAGGGAGGCCAAGAUAGCGUUUCAUGGUAUGAGCGGGGAGCCGCCGUUCUGCGCACUCAGAUUCAGACGCUGGGCGACGCGCUCGACUCGCUGCCCCUGACACGCCACGAGCAGGAGGCGGUCAUCGCCGAAAAGCGGCGCAAGCUUGCAGAUACUCUCUGUGCAGUCACCGAGGUCUACAUGACAGAUCUCAGCUGGGAGGAAGAUGCCGAGCAACGGUGCGAGGCCCUUAUCACCGAAGCCACUAUGCUCGCCCCUGAGCUAGCCGAUACAUGGCAGACUGUAGCCAAUGUGCGCAUCUCGCAGUCGCGAACCAAAGAGGCACAGGAAGCUCUAAAAAGGAGUCUUGACUUCUGGAUUCACCUUCCGCCUGAGGACCCUGGCGUCCCUGCUUUCCCCACACGCGUUAGCUUGGUCAGGCUCUUGAUCGAGGUUGGCAUGGAGCAGAGGGCAAUCGAAGUCGCCGAGCGUCUAAUCAGCGAGGAUGAUCAAAGUGUAGAGGCUUGGUAUCUUGGAGGCUACGGCAGGUAUGUGCUGGGCGAGAAGCUGAAGAGCGGAAACCAGGCCUCAGACUCGGACGACUGGGAGGACAUUUGGCAAUCAGCGCGGAAGCGGCUUGCCCAGUGCCUGCGUAUUUUCGACGCUGAAGAGUAUGAAGAUGAGAGGUUAAGAGAGCAUUCGCAGGAGUUACUUGCAUCGAUCAAUAAUGAGCUAGGGGAUGCCCCUGAUCAAGGCGAUGAUCAAGCGGCGUGGGAAGAUACGGAAGACGGAGGCGACGACGACGACGACGACGACGACGACGACGGAGAUGCGGAGAUGCAAUAG